CUUCUGGGAUUAUAAAGUUCCCUUUUUUCCUAUUAUAUGCUUGAAACUCUCUCGCAUUUCAUUAGCUUGCUCUGAUUCUUGAACUUCCGUGUGUUAUUCUGCUUGUAAUUUUCAGGCUGCAAGUGGCCAUGGAAGUGAAGGAGUGUCAUCACCUGGAAGAACCACUUCUAACUAACAGUCAUAGUUUGUCUUUCUAUUCCAACGCUAAUUUUCUAAGUAAGCUCACUUUUUCAUGGAUGAGUCCUCUUCUCUACAUGGGGAGGCAGAAAAGAUUAGACCUUGAGGACAUUCCUGAACUGGCUAGUGGUGACAGAGUAAAUGGCGUUUUCUCAAUAUUUAGAGAGAAGCUUCAGCUCCACGGGAGUCUCAAUGCUCUUGCGCUAGCAAAGUCACUAAUUGCUUCUGCAUGGAGAGAAUUAUUACUCUCAGUUGUCUUCUCAGUGAUAUUCACUAUAUGCUCUUUUGUUGGUCCUUAUUUGAUUGAGUCCUUCGUUCAGUACCUUCAUGCUCAUCAAAAUCACUCCGUUAAGGGAUACAUUCUAGUUUCAAUCUUUCUCUUUGCGAAGCUUGUUGAGUGUCUUGCUCAAAGGCACUGGUUUUUUCGAGCGCAGAAGUUUGGGAUGAAGGCCCAUGCUGCAUUGGUAGCAAAGAUCUAUGAGAAGGGUCUAUCUUUGUCCAACAGAUCCACACAAUAUUAUGGUUGUGGAGAGAUUGUUAAUUUGAUGAGUGUAGAUGCUGAGAGGAUUGGACGUUUUUCGUGGUAUAUGAUUGAUUUCUGUCUUAUUCCGGUUCAAGUUGGAUUGGCUCUUGUUAUUCUAUACAACAAAUUGGGUUUUGCGUCCCUUGUAGCUUUAGCAGCCACUACAUUGGUCAUGACCACGAACAUUCCUUUUAGUAAGUUAGAGCAGAGUUUCCAAGAGAAAAUUAUGGAGUCGAAAGACAUGAGGAUGAAGACGACAUCUGAGAUCUUAAGAAACAUGAGAAUUCUUAAGUUUUAUGGGUGGGAAAUGAGAUUUUUGUCAAAGAUUAUAAAUUUAAGAGAGAAUGAAAUGAGUUGGCUGAGAAAAUUCCUAUAUACUGAGGUAAUAAUAACAUUUGUGUACUAUGGUGCUCCUAUAUUCGUCUCAUUGGCUACUUUCUCGGCUUGUGUGAUUAUGGGAACACCACUUGAAUCAGGGAAGGUCUUAUCAGCUCUUGCAACAUUUGGGAUACUUAAGGAUCCUAUAUAUAAUCUCCCUGACAUUAUAUCAAUGCUUGCACAGACUUUAGUUUCAAUUGAUAGAAUAUCUACAUUUCUUUCUUUGGAAGAAUGCCAGUUUAACUCGAUCGAGAUAAAUUCUGAAGUUGCAGCAGAGAUAAUUAGUAGCAAUUUCUCCUGGGAUCCUUCAUCUGAUAGACUCACAUUAAAAGAUAUCAAUUUGAGAGUUUUACAUGGCAUGAAGGUUGCAGUUUGUGGUGCUGUUGGUUCUGGAAAAUCUAGUUUACUAUCUUGCAUCCUUGGGGAAAUUCAGAUGUUGUCUGGUACCAUGAAGGUGUCUGGAAGUACAGCUUAUGUUGCUCAAUCACCAUGGAUACAGAGUGGCACUAUUGAGAGCAAUAUACUUUUUGGGAAAGAAAUAAAUAGGGACAAGUAUCAGUGUGUGAUAGAAGCAUGUGCAUUGACGAAAGAUUUGAAAAUGUUACCUUUUAUGGACAAGACAAUCAUUGGAGAGAGAGGUAUCAACUUGAGUGGUGGCCAGAAGCAAAGGAUACAGAUCGCACGAGCUUUGUAUCAGGAUUGUGAUAUCUAUCUAUUGGAUGAUCCAUUUAGUGCUGUUGAUGCCCAAACAGGAAACCAUCUCUUCAAGGAGUGUAUGCUAGGGCUUUUAGCCUCUAAAACUGUUAUCUAUGUGACACAUCAAAUGGAGUUUCUUCCAUCGGCUGACCUGAUCUUGGUUAUGAAGAUGGGAGAAUUUAUACAAACUGGAAAAUAUGAUGAUAUUCUUAAGUCGGGAUCAGAUUUCGCCGAACUGGUGAGCGCCCAUAAAAACACCUUGUCAAAAAUAGAUGAUGCACAAUUUCUGCAGAAGAAUUCAGAAGAUGGUUCAUAUUUUACAUCAAAAAGCAAAUGGAUUGAUUUUAAGAAGGUUGAAGGGGUGAGUGAAAUUAAUGAUGAUAAGGUUGGGCAGCUAGUUGAAGAAGAAGAAAGGCAAAGAGGGAAUGUUGGAGUGAAAGUUUAUUGGAUGUAUUUGACGGCUUUAUAUAAAGGAGCCCUUGUACCAUGCAUACUUAUAUCACAAACUUUCUUCCUAAUCCUUCAAAUUGGAAGCAAUUACUGGAUGACAAUGGCUGCUCCCAACUCAGAAGACUCGGGAACUCUUUUUUCUGGUUCCCUUCUCAUUCUUGUUUAUGCUGCUUUAGCUCUUGGGAGCUGUCUCUUUGUCUUCAUUAGAGCAAUGCUUGUUGCAAUUGUGGGAUACAAGACUGCAAAAUUGCUUUUUUAUGAAAUGCAUCAAUGCAUUAUCCGAGCCCCAAUGUCAUUCUUCGAUUCCACUCCUAGCGGGCGCAUUCUUAACAGGGCCUCAAAAGAUCAGAGUUCAGUGGAUCAAUCAAUACCUUUUCAAAUGGGAUUGGUGGGUUCUGCGGUUAUACAACUACUUGGAACUAUUGCUGUGAUGUCUCAGGUUGCUUGGGAAGUUUUCUUCAUUUUUGUUCCUCUGACUGCCCUGUGUGUCUGGUACCAGAAAUAUUACAUAACUACGGCGAGGGAAUUGACUCGGCUGGUAGGGGUUAUAAAUGCUCCAAUUAUUCAACAAUUUGCAGAAACCGUUUCAGGACUGGCAACAAUUAGGUGUUUCAACAAAGAAAAGUUGUUUUUGCACAGAAAUCUUCAGCUGAUUGAAUCAUACUUGAAACCAAAAUUUCACAAUGCUGCUGCUAUGGAGUGGCUUUGCUUCCGUUUGGAUCUGCUCUCUUCCCUAAUAUUUGCCUUCUGCCUUACAUUUUUAAUCUCUUUGCCACCAGGAGCUGUUAAUCCUGGGAUGGCCGGUUUAGCAGUGACAUAUGGGCUCAGUCUAAGCUCUCUCCUUGCGUGGGCAGUUUGGACGAAGUGCAAUCUCGAAAACGAAAUUAUAUCAGUGGAGAGAAUACUUCAGUACACUUGUAUUCCGAGCGAGGUAGCUUCUAUAGUUCAAUCAAACCAGCCAUCUCUAAGUUGGCCAAAGCAUGGAGAAGUGAACAUCACUGAUCUACAGAUUCGUUAUGCGCCGCAUCUUCCACCAGUGUUGAGAAAUCUAACAUGUACGUUUUACGGAGGAACGAAAACUGGAAUUGUGGGGCGAACGGGCAGUGGCAAAUCUACUCUUGUUCAAGCAAUCUUUCGCAUCAUUGAGCCUGUUGUAGGCAGAAUUGAUAUAGAUGGAAUCAAUAUAUCAAUCAUUUGUCUUCUCAAUCUAAGAACCAGGUUGAGCAUAAUUCCACAGGAUCCUACCAUGUUUGAGGGAUCCGUGCGGAGCAAUCUGGAUCCUCUUGAAGAGUAUACAGAUGAACAGAUAUGGGAGGCUCUUGACAAGUGCCAUCUUGGAGAAGAAAUUAGGAGAAAAAAGGAGAGGCUUGAUUCUCCAGUUGUUGAGAAUGGAGAGAAUUGGAGCGUUGGUCAGCGCCAGCUAUUUUGCCUUGGCAGGGUCUUGCUUCGAAAGAGUAAAAUCCUUGUUCUUGAUGAAGCCACAGCUUCUGUAGAUUCUGCAACAGACAGUCUAAUUCACGUUGCUCUUAAGCAAUAUUUUCCUAACUCCACAAUCAUCGUAAUAGCUCAUCGGAUAGCAACAGUUCUUGACAGUGACAUGGUUUUGCUGCUUGAUAAUGGCAGUGCUGUUGAGUAUGACUCUCCACUCAACCUGUUAGAUAACAAGGUUUCAGCAUUCUCGAAGCUCGUUGCCGAGUAUGCUUCAAGAAUGACAGUAUGAUGUUCUGUUGCUUGAAGUUGCUUACUUUUAAAGCUCCAUCCAUGUCAAGUUUUUCAAAGUUACUUGUAGAUGAGCUAGAGGUUUUCCUUGAGCUAUUAUAAAUAGUGUCUUCAAUAGUGCACAAAACCAUCUCCAUUUUAAUUAUCUUUUUGAUGAGGAAAAUUAUCAAAACAAAAUACUUGGAGUAGUUUUCUUGGGAAGUGUUUUGCGAGGUCACAGUACUUUGCCACUUCGGAGGUUGAUCUCUAAAACUUAUGUUGUAGUUGUCGUGAAGAUUCUAUCCCAAUUUUAAUAGGUAUUUCCAAAAAUUGAGAAUAGGCGCAUCACUAUCGAAAAAAAAUUGGUAUUUGGGUAAGCAUCUUCAAUGGAGGAAACUGGCAACUUUGUCUUGUCUAGUACAACACUGAAAGAAAAUAAAUGUCAAGAAAAUUGUAUUCCAUGCUCCUUGCUGUAACAUUGUAUUUUCUGAAUAAAUUUGUUUGAUGGUGACAUUUUC